GUUUCCUCAUCGACGAUGCAGAUGGUUGUGCAGCAUGAGCUUGCGAAUGAGCGAUAUCAGUCUUGAGUACCCAGCACAAGACUCAGCUGCGAACCCAGACAUGGCUCCGUCCACACCUUCUGCGUGCACCUUCUCAUCAUUACCGAAUGAGCUUCUCAUAGAGGUCUUCAAAGUUGCUCCAACGAUACAGUCGGCGGUAAGUCUGUCCGCGACUAGCAGGCUACUGCAUGCAGUCUGGCUUCGAAACAACAACUGCAUCACCCGAAGCAUCGCCAACUCCACGAUCCCUGCAACUGCGGAAGCCAUCGACUACGCCAUCCUAGAGACCGACUGUCGUGAGCAACUUGACAUUAACGGCACACCACCACCACAUCUCUGGCUGCCCAAUCUAGUACACAUCGCGGACCUCUGCGCCAGCGCACACGCUCUCUACCAAUCACCGGAGGACGACGUCACUCUCCACCCAGGGAAGUCUUCCUAUUACAUGGUCCGCCUAUGCUUGCUCGCCUUCGAGUUCCCUGAGUUGAGAGACAAACUACACGAUCGUCUGUUGGCAGCCUCACCGCGCAAACUUCGGGAGUAUGUGGGAAUCACUUAUUCGAUCAUGCUCUAUCAAGACAAGGAGGAGGCGGAUCGGCAAGGAAGUCUGCAGUACAGAUGUCGCUUGCCAAAUGUCGUGUAUCCCUUGCCGGAGUUCAGCCCGGAUCGGUGGUUGUAUACCGAGCAAGUGCUGAUGUCAGCACAGCACGAUCUCAGAUCUGGGUACACGGAGCUACCAGCAGCCAUUGACGGCUACAUGAUUAGCUAAUGAGAGCAAGGGCAUGCGAAGCAAGGUAAACAUAUUGCUUAUGUAAUCAGCUCCCUAUGCUUGUUAUACGCUUUCCUGUUGUCAUAUACAACGACGUCGGGAUAUACAGAUCUCGCGAUAUUCUCCUAUGUUCCAAUGUUUGCGACAGCAGAGCUUGAGAGUGGUAGAGCGUUGAGACAUGAUGCCAACUGUAUCAGAUCUGCCUCAACCUACCAGUCGAAUCAUAGAAAAUAAGCGUAUGGGUACCUUUUCACGUCUGC